ACCAGAGAAAGGAUCCAUUUUUGGCGGGUCUAUAAAAGCCGAACAAGUAAAAAAUUAAAAAUUAAAAAUAAAAUAAAAAUAAAAAUAAAAAUAAUUCUUUGCUCUCCAUUUCAUUUUGAUUCGAGAAUUGAGAUCCAAUUCCAAAUCCGAAAACGUAGUAUUUCAACGUCUUUGUUAUUGGAUUCUACUUUCUAAAUUCACAUCUACCGGUUUUUUUCUACGAUCGACGUGACGCCGUUGAUUUACCGGUGAACGGUCUCUGAUGAAGCAGCCACAGAAAGUUUAAUACAAUGGCGGAAGGUGAAAUCACUAAUAACAGCUCGAAGGAAGGAGUCAACGAAAACAAAAACAACAAGAGUUGUAUCAAUGGCACCGAUAAAACCAGUGAAAAGAAAGCAAGUAUGAAGGAUCCGGAAACUUUUUGUUGCUUGCUUCAACCGGGGAAUGCCGAUUCCAGUCCCGAUUAUAUCGGCAUUCGUCGAUUUCUUCUCGCUCGUAAAGCGGAGUCCAGUUCUUAUCGCCGACUUGAUUGGAGAUGUAAAGGAAAAGGUUAUGUGGCGUACCGGAAUUACAUGCGGAGGCCAAGAAAAUGGGAAAAAUUACAAACACCAAGCCGUUCUAGCACUCCUGGAAACAGUGGGCUUUGGAAUUCAAGGUCAGGUUCAUUCUCACAUUUGUUUGAGGCGGAAAGCUUGAACUCUAGCAAAGAUCAACGAAGUGGCUCUGUUGCUUCAACUAAUAGAAGCUCUAGCCUUAGUGACAGUGAUCGCCCACGUCAACGAGGAGUUGAACCUGCAUAUUCUUUUGUAGGAAUGCACUGCAUAUUUGAUCAGUGCAAAGCAGCUGCGGUUACAGUUUUGAAGUUUGGGCACAUGAGUUCUGAUCUACUCGCAUAUGGGACAUCAGAUGGGACAUUGGUAGUUUGCUCUGUCUCCGACCCACCUUCAGUUCUCAAGCAAUUAAAUGGGCAUUCAAAAGAUGUCACAGAUUUCGAUUUCUCAUCAAACAAUCAAUAUAUUGCAUCAUCAUCAAAGGACAAAACUGUGCGAGUAUGGGAGCUAUCAAAGGGCCUUUGCAUUAGAAUCAUAUAUGAAGUCUCUCCACAACUGUGUAUUCGAUUUCAUCCUGUAAAUAACAACUUUCUUUCAGUUGGAAAUGCAAAUAAAGAGAUCACUGUAUUCAAUUUCAGCACUGGUAGGAUUAUUACCAAAUCGAACUUUGACAGCGAGGUUACCUCGAUGGACCAUGAUCAUACCGGUCAGCUAAUUUUCUGUGGAGAUGCACAGGGAUGCAUAUACUCCGCAAGUAUGGAAUCCCGCACAGGUGCAUUAUCCCGUUCUCAUCGAUAUAAAAGUGGCAACAAACUGAAAUGUCCAGUCGCGACCGUACAGUACCGAAGUUUCUCUUUGAUGACAAAGGGUCCUGUGUUAUUGACAUGCACUCAAGAUGGAAGCCUUUCGUUCUUUAGUAUCAAUUUGGAAUCACAAGGUUAUCUAACCCUACGUUGUUCGCUCAAAUUAACUUCACGGAUUCACACCAUUCGAGCUUCCUUCUGCCCUCUGCUUUCCCACGAUAAGGGCGAAUAUAUAGUUGCUGGAAGCGAAGAUACACACGUCAACUUCUACGACUUAACACGGCCAAAGCAUACAUGUGUAAACAAGCUUCAGGGUCAUGGUUUUCCAGUUAUAGGAGUAGCAUGGAACCAUGGGGAGAACUUUUUGGCUUCAUCAGACCUUUAUGGCGUUGUUAUAGUAUGGAAAAGAGCCAAAACAAAAUAGAGAGAGCCAAACACUAUCAUAUAGAGAUAUAAGAAGGUAAAUGACUUUAAAACCGAUGAAUCUACUUAGAGGGACGGCACGAUCAAAUUAGUCACUGUUAAAAAAAAUAAAAGAAAGAUAAAUUAAAAUAGAAUUAAUAUUAUUGUUAAAAAAAAGCCAAAAAAAAAUUAAUAUAGAAUUAACAUUCAAUGCAAUUUUAAUUUUUUAAAAUAUUUUUUAUUAAAAACCGUAAAAUGUUGAUUAUAUUACAAUAUUUUCUUUAUUUCAUUUAUUUAUUUUUAAAAAAAGCCUAGAUGUUAUAACUGUUACAAACCAGUCUAAAGAUUCAGUCACCCUUUGAGUUAAACUCGCACAUUGACCAAAAUUGUAGAAUAUUAUAUUGUCAUGAACUGUUUCCCUGUAAUUUGUCUGUAGAUAGAUUUUGAUGUUGGCAAUUUGCCAUUAUUCAAUUUAUACAUCUAUUUAUUUUCUCUUAUAUGUAG